AUGAUCGACAAGGCGUCGACGGCGGCGCGUGCGCGAGAGGCGGCGAAAAAGGCUCGCGACCUCAUCAUCCGGAAGAACGCGAUGGACGGCGGCUCGCUGCCGGGUAAACUUGCUGACUGUUCGGAGAAGGACCCGUCCCGAUCGGAGCUCUACAUUGUUGAGGGUGAAUCGGCCGGUGGUUCCGCCAAGCAGGGCCGGGACCGUCAGUUCCAAGCGAUCUUGCCGCUAAAGGGCAAAAUUCUCAACGUCGAGAAGGCCAGACCGGAGCGAAUGUUUGCUCACGAAGAGAUCUCGGCGCUCAUAACUGCGAUUGGCGCAGGCAUGGGUGAGGAUUUCGACUCAGAGAAGCUCCGAUACCACCGCAUCAUCAUCAUGACCGACGCGGAUAUCGACGGGGCUCACAUUCGGACGCUCCUCCUCACGUUCUUCUUCCGCCACAUGCGGGAGUUGAUCGACGAUGGAUACCUCUACAUCGCCCAACCGCCGCUCUACAAGGCUUCCAAGGGCCGACGUAGCAACUGGCUCUAUGCUGAAAGUGAGCUUGACAACUGGAUGGCGGACACGAGCGGCAUCAACAUCCAACGCUACAAAGGUUUGGGUGAGAUGAACCCAGAUCAGCUCUGGGACACCACGAUGGACCCGGAUUACCGUCUGAUGCUGCGGGUAACUGCGGAGGACGCGAUAAGCGCCGACGAUAUCUUCCGAACUCUGAUGGGUGAAGAGGUAGGUCCGCGGCGCGAUUUCAUCCGGGCGAACGCGCUUGAAGUUAGGAAUUUGGAUGUUUAG